AUCCUCAAAUACAAUCACCUCGUUAUCCAAGGCAUCUCAUAUAUUAGGUACAAGCCUAUUCCAAUUCCUCACAACCCGAUUCUUACACCGACCGAUGUGACUACUAUGAUUGCAACGCUCGGUAAAAACCUUGAGGCCCUUUCAGAGGGAAUUCAGUGUCACAUACAAGCCGGAAGCAAGUACAUCUCGGUCUGCACUCCUCCUGAUACAUUUGGCGAAGUUAAAGCCGUAUCGACUAGUUCCGCCAAUAAGCGAGAACAACUUGUAUUGGCCAUUACGAAUGUUCCUCAGGACCGAAAGAAAGAACAUAAAAUAAUAGUAUUUGCUGACGACGAUAUCGCCUUUCCUAAGAACACUGUCCGGUGGAUGCUUGCAGCUUUCGAGGAGAGUAAGGUUGGCGAAGUAGGGACUUAUCAACGAGCGAGACGCAUUAACUCUGGGUAACUUUUAGAGCAGAUCGUCAAUUGGAUCUUCGCUGACUAUAUUGAACGUCGAACUUUCGAAAAUUCGGCGACUUUGUGGAUAGAUGGUUCGAUCUCAUGCUAUCAGGGCGAAUGGCUGGUUUUCGAUCGGAGAUAGUCGAAGACCCUCGAUUCCAAAGCGGAUUCGUCUCUAAGACGUGGAACGGCCACAAGCUUAACGUAGACGACGAUAACUAUUGGACACGGUAUCUGCUGGAGAAUGGUUAGAACAUUAAAAUUCAGCGCCAUGAGAAGUGCCAGGUCGAGACAACAUUCGGGACGAGUGUCCAAGAACUCUGGAGAUUUGUGCGAUGGCAGAGAAGCAAUCCAAGGAGCAACUCGAAAAGUUUACGAAACUUUAAAAACUGGCGGUAA